AUCAUUUUCAGAUGAAUUAUAUUCAGUAAAGUUUUAUWAUCUAUUGUAUAAGGUAAAAAAUCCUAGUGAAUAUAAUAAAUAUUGUGAAACAUUAAAGCAUAUUGGCCGUAGUAGAGCCGUUAAAAACAUUUGCAUAAAGCUUUUAAAUUAUUUAAAAACUAAUGAAAUUUCAAAUAUACAAGGUGCCCAGUAUGAUGUUUGCCCACUUUUAAAUUACUGGGUAUAUAGCAGAUUAAAUAUGAUUUUGAAAUCUUAUGAUUCUACUGAUAUUAAACUAGCAUUUGCGCAAAUUGUUCUAACAUGGAAUAAUUUUAUUGAAGAUGAAUUAAAAAAUUUAAAAAAUAAAAUAUGUAAGCCUAUUGAUAAUAUUGUUUCUUAUAAUGAUUGGGAAAAAAGAAAGGAAUUAUAUGAAUACUAUGUAGAUUAUUAUCCAAUUUAUAUAUCCCUUCCAAUAAUUCCAGAUAGAUGCAAAGAUUUUUAUCAUUAUGUAGAAAGUAAAAAACCACUAUACGAAUAUUUUAAAAGACCUUGUUCUUCAUAUGAAAAAAAUGGAUGCCCAGAAUUAUAUACUAAAUAUGAACAAUAUGACCCAGACAAAGUACUGGAUACUCUUAAAUGUCACAAAGAAAUAACUGAAAAAAGGGCUGCCGCUGCUGCAAAAGCUUCACAAAAACGUGUCACAUAUCCAAGUGCAGGAGCCAACUCAGAAGAUACACUAGUUAGUACAGGUCCUGACGGUGCUUCUCAGAAUUUAAGUGGAAAUCCUCACACUGUAACAAAGUUUGGCAAUGUUCUUCUUGGAGUAGUUGCAACUACUAUGACAUCUGGCGCUUUAUAUAGAUUUACACCCUUAGGUGGCAUGAUACGCAAUGGACUUGGCUGGAACACUAACAGUAUGAGGAAUUUUAAUGGAGGAGACAUUAGAUUAUACGAUUAUGCAUCAGAACCAUUAAAUACAUAUCCAGGAGAAGAACAUUAUAUUGGAUACCAUCCUGCGUAAUGUUUUUAACACAAAAGAAUUAAUAACAUCAAUUUAAUAAAAAACAUAUCAUCAAGCCGAAAUAUUUCGAUGUAAAAACAAUUAUUUUGAUAAAUAGAAAACGUAAAUAAAGCGUAUAUAUGCAUUAAUAAGGAUAAACAGAAAAUAUACAUACAAAAGAAAUAUUGAAAAAAAAAAAACAAUUAUUAAGAUAAAUAAGUUAAUUAAAAAUAUAAUAAAUUUAUCUUCAAUCCUUCGACACCACAUUUUUAUUUAUAUUUUUUCCCAUUAAACACUUUAUAAGGAAUUUUAUUAUAGCCAU